AUGCGACAAUUGGUAAACCCUAAUACGUUUGGCCGUCCUUCCAUUGGCCUGGCGUUGUUCGGGUGUACGAAUCGGCCGUUUUACCAGAUCUGCGUCUUUCCUGAUCCCAAACUCGGUAGGAGAUACGAAGGCAGCAUUAUUGAACAGGUGAGUCGUUUCUUUCUUUUUAAGCUUUGAGAUGGAAUAGGAAGAUGAAGGCUUGGCGAAUUAAUUGAUAGAUUGACUUUUUGAUCAUGUUUUGUAACAUGUAUUAGUUUACUGUUUAAUUUUAAUAUUUCAGGUGGGAUCUUUUGAUCCUCUCCCAAACAUCAACAACGAGAAGUUAGUGUCGCUAAAUAUUGGCCGUAUCAAGUACUGGCUUGGAGAAAAGGACGCCAGAGUUUCCGUCCCUGUCCUCGAACUUCUCGGUAAGACUUUUCUUUUUUUUUGUUCGGUUUUUAGGGGCUCGGCUCGUUGAAUAUUGUUAAGUACUGGAAAAAUAGCAUUGUUUGGCUUUGAAUUUCUUAGUAUGCUUAUAUUCAUGUUACAGGUCUCGCGGGGUUGCUUCCAAUCCAUCCCAAGACGUAUAUCCGAGCCAAGGAGGGAAAAAAGUAUGCGGCUUCAACUGAACCUGUAAAAGAAUCACAGCAAGUGCAGCAAGCUUAG